AUGGAACAUUCAAAUGUCAUUUCGCUUGAUGAUUCAGCUAACAUAGAAAGUGUAAAGGUUAAAUUUGAGGGUCUCAAGCAUGUUAAUUCUUCACAUCUUAACUUUUAUAAUAAAAAAUUUGAUAAUAUUAAGGAUAUGGGGAGUCUACUCCAGGCUGUAAAAGGUGUUCAUGAAGGUUUAAUUUCAACUGGUAUAUUUUCGGAUGUGAUCCCAUAUAUAACAACAGAUCCAGAGGUUAAAUCAAAAGUCGAUGUGAAAUUUCAUUGUGUAGAAAAUAAAUUUCAUUAUACGAUAGGGAGCUCUGUAAAUAAAAAGGGUAGAAUAGGAGUUGAGGCUUCUGCAUAUAUUCCAGGAAUAUUUGGUAGUUUAAGUACUGCAAAAUUAAAUUUCGAAGCUUCAGGACAACAAUCUGGGGAAUGUGGUGCUAGCAUAUUUACUCCUAAUAUAUUUGGAUCAAAUUUCAAUAUGCUAUAUAAUAUAUAUAAAACAAUGAUUGAUCAUAGACAAACCUCUUCGUAUACUGAGAAAUCUUUUGGAGGUAUACUCAGAAUAUCAGACAUGUUUGGACGGAAUAGUAUAUGCUUUGAAUCAAGAGCUAGAGAUACAGUUACAACGAAAUCUCCUAGUAACAAUGAAGAUAAUCUUAGCUCAUUUGCAUCUAUAUUGAAGAUACCAAAUCAAUCUAUCAAAAACAGCAUAGGGUAUUCAUGGAAUAGAAUUAAACAACAUAACCUAUCAACAGAUCAAGAUAAUUUGGUCAUUGAAAAAUCUAUAGAACCAUUGGAAUAUAUAGAAGACCAACAGGAACCCAUCCCCAGUAUGACAAUAACACAACUUAGUUCAGAAUAUGCAGGAUUAAAUGGAGAUGUAACAUUUCUAAAACUCCAAGGAUUCCAUAAAUGGAGAGGUUCAUUUGCAAAAUAUAUAGAUGCUAAAUUCGUGAGAAAUUUAAAUUUUGAAUUUAAUAUGGCAUUUGGAAUUUUAUUACCAAAUAUUUUUAGUUCAGACUAUCCUCUAGUUUCAACAAUUCAUGAUCGUUUCUUUGUAGGUGGAAAUUUUGGUUAUCACAACUGUUUAAGAGGUUUUGCAGCUCGUGGUAUAGGUCCAUGUGAGCUACGAUAUGGUAGUAAUCAAGAACAAAUAGAUACAUCAAAACCUAUCUAUGAUUAUUUGGGAGGAGAAGGUUUUAGUUUAGCAGAAUUUCAAAUAUCAUACCCUUUAAAGUUGGACUUUCUAAAGUUUGGAAUGAGACCCCAUUUAACAGGUUUCAUAAGUGCAGCUUCUAUUAUAGAGAAAACGAAAGACUUUAUCAAACCUAAAUGUGAUGUAGAUAGGUGUACAAUUUUAUUACAAGGUUUGAGAGCUUCCACAGGGAUUGGUCUCAUGUUCCCAAUAAAUUCUGCAAAUUUAUCUGUUACAUUAUCGACGCCUUUGAAAUAUUGUCAUACAGAUUUACUUGAAAAUGUACAAUUAGGUAUUAGGUUGGCUUAUUCACCAAUUUAG